AUGUUGCUCUUAAUCAAUGCCAUUCUGAUCUUGUGGGUUUCCACUGUUGGGGGACAAGUGGGACUUUGUAAUUUUCCAAAGAUAAAGCAUGGAAUUCUAUAUGAUGAAAAUAGAGUCAAACUAGCCUUUCCGGUUGCUAUAGGAACAAUCAUCUACUACUCCUGUGAAUAUAAUUUUGUAUCUCCUUCAAAAUCCUUUUGGACUCGGAUAAUCUGCACUGAAGAAGGAUGGUCACCAAUACCCAAGUGUCUCAGACUAUGUUUCUUUCCUUCCGUGGAGAAUGGUCAAUCUGCAUCAUCAGGACAAACAUACGUGGAAGGUGAUAAUGUAAUUAUUUACUGUAACACAGGCUAUAGUCUUUCAAAUAGUGGGAACAACAUUUCUUGUACAGAAGAUGGCUGGUCCUCUCCUCCGACAUGCAUCCGUGAUAAACAAGUAAAAGCUUGUGGUGCACCUCCUCCACUCCUCAAUGGGAAACUUAAAGAGACAGGAAAAGAAGCAUAUGGACACAGUGCAGUAGUGGAAUAUGAUUGUGAUCAUAAUUUUCAGUUGAAGGGGCCUAGAAAAAUACAGUGCAUGGAUGGAGAAUGGACGACUUUGCCCAUUUGUGUUGAACAAGUGAAAACAUGUGGAAGUAUACCUAAACUGGAGAACGGCUAUGUCCAGACUUCUGUACCUCUCUAUCAACAUGGAGAUUCAAUAGAGUUGAGUUGCAAGAAAACACAUACAAUGAUUGGAAAAAAUGUAACUACUUGCAUUGAUGGGCAAUGGACCCAGCUUCCUCAGUGUAUUGAGUUGAAAGGGCAAUGUGGGCCACCUCCGUCCAUCAGCAACGGAGAUAUCACCUCAUUCCCAUUACUGCGAUAUCCUGCAGGAUCAACAGUCACAUAUCUUUGCCAGUCUCUGUAUGAACUCCAGGGCUCUGCAAACGUAAUAUGCAAUAAUGGACAGUGGUCAGAACCACCAAGAUGCAUAGAUGCUUGUGUAAUAUCUGGAGAAAAUAUGGACAAAAAUAACAUAGAACUAAGAUGGACAAAACACAAAAAACUUUAUUCAAAAACAGGUGAUGUUAUUGAAUUUAAGUGUACACCGGGGCACAAAAUGAAAACACCACAAGAAUCUUUUCGCACAGUUUGUCAGGAAGGGAAAAUUGAAUAUCCCAGGUGUGAAUAA